AUGAUGUGCAGUAAAGGUGACAGAGGCGAUCCUUGCGAAACGGCUUCAGUUCGGGAAUUAGCUAAAAUUAUUGAUCUUCUUUCAUCAACUGGACAAGCAGUUUUACCAGCACCAUUAAAUUAUCGGUUUAUUCAAUUAGAGACGACAAAACAAGUAAUUAAACAUAAAUCAUAUAAGACUAUAAUUAAUUUCAUUGAUAAUUGUAUACAAGAAUUAACAUGGUGGGUGGAAAAUAUCAAAGACCAUAAUAAACAUUCUAGUAAUUCGAAACUUGAUAAACAAAUUUUUCAUUCGUUAAAUAAACUUUUCGGACCGCUCGAAACAGAUCUAUUCGCUGGCAGAUUAAAUACUGAACUACAGAAAUAUUUAAGUUGGAAACCGGAUCCAUAUGCACAUGCAGUCGAUGCAUUUCAGUUGAGCUGGAAAAAGCUUAAAGGUUAUGCUUUUCCACUGGUUGCUCAAUCUCUAGCGAAAAUCGUCAAAGAACAAUCAACAAUUUUAUUAGUAGCACCAACAUGGUCCAGUCAAACGUAUUAUCCGUUAUUAAUGCAACAAUUAAUCCAAGAUCCAGUUCUGAUACCAACAUUUCCAUAA